AUGCCUUUGUUUUGUUGUUGCCGGGUCGCUCCUUCCGUCGAUGACAUGACAGCGCACGAGGGGCAAUCGCGACUGCGGGCAGGUGGCGGGGCGGUGCAAACUGGGCAGGAACCAACCAGCGGGCAGCUGCUUGUUGCUUGUACAGUAAUCCACGCUGUGAUCGCUGCAUUGUUGUUGUUGACUGCUAUCUCCGUCUUUCUCAGCUACUUGACAGCAAACAUGGUGCAGGUCCAGGAAUUCGUCGACGCACUGCGGGCCAAGCUCUCCAGCGACUCUCACGUCCUGACAGAUCCUCAACACGCAGAGUUCAAAGACUCCCUGCAACGAUGGUCCAAUAUCGACUUGAAGGUGCCAAGGGCCAUCGUCCGGCCUGCCAAUGAGACAGACGCUGUCACCACGGUCAAAGAAGCCGUCAACGCGUCCAUCCCCUUUGUCUGCGCCUCUGGUGGCCACAGCACCUGGUCGACCAUCGACCAGCAUGGCUUUGUUCUCGACCUCAGUCUCUACAGAGAGGUCGUUCCGGACCCGGCCAACAACGUUGUCACCGUCAAGGGGGGCGUUCUGAUGAAAGAGCUGCAGCUGGCCCUGAACAAGGCUGGUCAAUUUACCACUGUUGGCAACGGCAACACCGUCGGCGUCAUCCCGUACUUCAUCAACGGUGGCAUCAGCAUCUACACGCCGUUGAUCGGCUUUGGCUCCGAGAACAUCGUCUCUGCCAAAGUGAUCACCGCCACCGGCGACCUCGUCAAUGCCUCCGAGACGGAAAACAGCGACCUGCUCUGGGCCGUUCGCGGUGCUGGCCAAUUCUUCGGCGUCGUCAUCGAACUCGUCAUCCGGGCCUAUCCUCUCACCCGCAUCCCCGGAAGCGACGACGGCACCCGGCAGCUGGGCAACUUCGUCUUCGCGCCGCAACAGAUCGGCGACGUCUCGCGCGUCCUCAAUGAAACGCUCAUCGCCCAUCCAGACCGCAUCUCGGCCGGCCACUUCAUGAUCAUGACCGCCCCGCCCGACUUCCAGCAGCAGAUCCUCCUGGUGGCGCCGCAGUUCUUUGGCACCGCCGAGGAGGCCGCCCAGGCGUUCAAGCCGCUGGUCGACCUGGGCCCGAUCCAGCACAUGCAGCUGCCGUCCACCUUUGCGACGCACAGCGACCAUCUCGAGGUCAUGUGCGCCAAGGGGGAGUUCAAGCGCUUCACCCAGAUCGGCAUCGACGGCUUCAACCAGGAGAACUUUGCCAAACUGGUCGACCUGCACCGAGAGCUGCUGUCGACCUGUCCGGGCGCCGGGCGAUCUGCUUUUUCAUUGGAAUGGCAUUCGCCGACCAAGUCGCCCCGAGUCGACACGUCUUUUGGGAACGAGCAUGUUGAUUUCUGGCUGAACGUCCUCUCCUGGUACACCGACCCGUCCCAACAUGAUGCGCUCAUCCGGCUCGACAAGGCCGCCCAGGCGCAGAUCCGCGCCGGCGUCGACGAGUCGGCCUACGUCUCGUACACCAACACGUCGCGCGACGAUCCGCUCGAGUGGCGGUACAAGGGCGCGGAGCGGGUGGCGCGGCUGCGCGAGCUGAAAAAGAAGUGGGAUCCUACGGGGGUGUUUACGAGGGAGCUGUUGUAG